GUGGCCGGAGAAGACCCUCAGUCUCCACCUCCAGCGUCCGUCAUAUUCAUAGCCGAGUCCUCUGCCGCCAGGACGCAUGCGCAAUGGGACAGUAAGCGCUGGGAAUGUGGCGCCUGCGCAGAGUGUACGUUGUCAGGCCGGAAGUUGAUUUCGUUUAACCGGAAAGCGGCGGCGAAUCGCUGAGAGGGAGCCGGAGCUGGUCAUGGCCGAGGAGAUCCGACACCCGGGCACAGUGACGUUUAACGAUGUGGCGGUCUACUUCUCUCUGCGGGACUGGGAGCUGCUGGCGGACUGGCAGAAGAAGCUGUACCGCAACGUCAUGAAGGAGAUACAUGGAGCCCUCACUGCCCUGGGAUAUGAGAUUGCGAAUCCUGGUAUUCUGGUGCGGAUCCAGCAGUCGGAGGAACCGUGCUAUGGGUCACAUGACGUCUCGGAGGACACUUGGAGGCCACAGUCACAGAAAUUAGAAGAAAACAUGGCUGACUGCGCCCAGCCUGUGCCCGCGCUGCCGGCCGUCAAACCUGACAUCUUACUACGGGUGAAACUGGAGAAUGUGAAGAAUGAGCAGAGCUGCCAGAAAUCGGCACCGCAGCUGGCGGGAGGGCAGGAGGAGGAAUCCAACAGCGCAGUGUUUAACCCAGAGCUUGCAUUGUGGAUCAAGCAAGAAGAAGGAGCGGCGUCCGGAGAACCCAGCUCUUCACUGAAGGAGGACAUAGCGCUGCCAGUGGUGGAAGAUGUCGUCACCCUCGGGCAUCACCCUUCGGGUCCGGUAAAGAGCAUAGAAAUGGGGCAGCCUCUGCCCGAGACACUGGUGGGAAACCUCUUGCGGUAUUUUGAGGAGGAGAGGGAGAAGCAUGCCCAGUUUGGGGGGUCGUUACCUGACGUUGCAGUGCAGCCCCAGCCCACGGUGGCCCAUGAGGAGGGAUCUCAGCUUUUUACUAUUGACUGGGGUCUCCCGGAGGCGACUGACAGGUUCCCAGAGGGCCUGACCCCCAGCUUGAAUGUGACUAAACAUUACAAAUGUACUUACUGUGAGAAGAGCUUCCUGCGCGGCACCCAGCUGAGGGAGCAUGAGCGGACUCAUACGGGAGAGCGGCCCUACCAGUGCCUCAAGUGCCCCAAAAGCUUCAGCCGCAGCACUCAGCUGAAGGACCACCAGCGCACCCACACCGGUGAGAGGCCCUUCCAGUGUACAGAGUGCGGAAAGACCUUCACCCACAGCUCCAACCUCAUCCACCACCGACGGACGCACACUGGCGAGAAGCCACACAAGUGCAACAUGUGCCCUAAGAGCUUCAGCCAGAACUCCGACCUCAACCGACACCAGCGCACCCACAUGGCUGGGGACCGUCCCCACCAAUGCACUCGCUGCCACCGGACGUUCAUAUACAAGUCUCAGCUGAGGAUGCACAGCCGCGUCCAUGUGGUGGAGGACAUCCUGCAGGGAGUGGAGAGAGGGACUGGGGCGGCGGACAUGACAUAGAGCAGCCCACCACCCUGACACCCCCCCCAAGCUAUCCAUCACUGCAGUUAAUGCUUUUGAAUGUUAAAGCGCCCCCCUGACCACCACUCUGUCCCCGUCAUGGAAAUGCCACCUGUCGCUUAAGAAUGGUCACGUGGCCUCACUAUUCUAUACUCUCAAGCGGCCGCUCCACGUGUCCAGGGCCCGGUUGUGUUGCGAUUUCUGGGUACAGCUUGAACCUCCACUUCUUCAAACAAGGGGGCUAAUGGGUAAGGAUGUGCAGUGCUAGAGGGGAUCUGUGGUCUGUAUUGUUGUUAUAGGUGGUAGUUAAUCAGCAGCACCCCCUGCAGGAGAGGUAUAGAGAUGACAUUACACAAUUACGUCCCGGGAACUGAGCGACCACUCUCCUGAAAGUAGUGAGCCAUCAUCCUCGAGGCUAGUCUACAUUCUCCGACAGCUUCCUGGCCAGAUGACAUGAGUAGUCUGCAUUAUAUGCAGUAUCCUGUAACACGAGGACAGGUGUCCACUGUAACAAUAACCUUUUUCUAUGUUAGUGUCAAUGUCUUAAAGGGGUAAUGUUUGACCGACAUCUCCUGUCGCUCAUUCGAUCAGAACUCCCCCCCCCCCCCCAUCUAAUUCCUCUCCGACCACUGUCAGAAACUCCCACUUGGCACAAUCUGUUCCCUACCGUGGCAAGAGAAUUUUUGAGAGCGGAAG